AUGGUGGUGAAGUUGAGUGAUGAACUUAACGUGAUUAAAAGCCUUUCAGAGGCUAAAGGGAAAACCAUGUGCGAUGUAUGUGUUGACUUUCACGACCUUCUGCUCUCCUAUGAUGAAAGAUCAUCAAAGGAACAAGAUGGAUUGGCAACACUUUGUAUUUCGGAUGUGGAUACAACACUGCAUUAUGUUAAUCAGUGGGUACAAAGGCAAUGCAUGUGCUGUUAUCGUGAAAUAAAAAAUUUUGAUCGAUUUAUACGGCUAACUCAAAGUGUUGUAUUAUGUACAUUACAACAGUUACAAGUUAUACAACAAAAUGGACAGCAAACAAAUACUGGGAAAGCACCAUCCAAAGACGAAAAAGAAGAAAAAAAGGCAGAUGAAGCUAAGAUAGAAAACUCAGAUUUUGCACAAAAUGAAACACAAACAAAACAAAAUUGGUCUCAGCAGGAUAGAGAAAAAUUGUUUCAUCUUCUUUCAAAAAUAUUUUUAUUAAAUUUUCCCCUUUACAUUGCAAUGAAGCAUGGUGGUGCAAUUAAUCCAUUGGCUCCAGUAAAAGAUGAAGGAGGUUAUUGUGAGCCUCAUGAUCCAGAAGUGCCAGCUCCUUUAAUUAGAGCAGUUUCUAUAUUUUGCCAUCAAGGUGGUUUCAAUUUAAUGUCUGCUUGUUUUGAUAUGGAAAAUACAUUACCUGUUAGUCUUGCACAUUCUAUGGUUGCAGUGAUUUGUAAUUUAAAACUUUGGUUAAACUAUGGUAGUGUUAUUCAGCUCUUUAUACCACUACGCAGCCGUGUUAUGAAAUAUAUGUGUCGCUUAGCAGAUAAAGAAUUACGCACACCAGCAGUUAGAACAAUGGCAGAUUUCAUGUGGAGUGCUGUAAAAGAUCCUAUUGAUGCUGUUUUACCCAGUUUUGAUCGUGAUGGGUUGGAUUUAGCAUUUAAAUAUUUUACUAGUACAACUUUAACUAUGAGACUAGCUGGAAUAGCUCAGAUAAAUGCUCAUAUCACUGCAUUCAAUGAACUUUGCAAUAGUGAAACUGUCGCUGAAGUAGAACAAGUGGGCCAUGCAUUGGCUGCUUGGUUAACAGAAAAUAAUAUAAUAGCUCAUAUAUUUGGACCAAAUUUGCAUGUAGAAGUUAUUAAACAAAGUCACAUUGUAUUAAGUUUCUUAGCUAUGGAAGGUAGAAUCACAUGUUCAGAUAUGGAUACUAUGUGGCAAGCUGCACAAUUGAAACACUGCGGUCGUCCAGUAUAUGAUUUAUUGGCCCCUUUAGUAAAACAUUUGGCUCCUACUCCAGUUUUACAUUUGUACUCUUUGUUAGGAAAAUUAGAGCCAAAGGACCACACAGAACAGAGUUUAUUCCUGGCAUCUGCUUUGAUAAAAUUCAUUUGGACAGCAGGUGGUUCAGGUUAUCCAAGAGGUUUACCUUUAAAAAAUAGAGAAAUUUUAAGAGGUAGUAGUGGUAUAGGCGGUAGUAGUACUAGUGAUCCUAGUGGAAUGGAUGGAAGCAGUCCAGAUGAAGAUGAAGAAGAACCAAGUCCUGCACCAUCAGAAGGACCUUCACCGCGAAAACAAGCGAGAGGUGAUAGCAGCGAUGGGGAAGGUCUGUUUAAAGCAAAAAGUGUGGGUACAGCAGUUGUACAAACAUCCCUAAACGAGGCAGAAGAUUCUGCAGUAGAAAAAUCUGAGUGUCUUGCUGAAUCAAUGAAAGAUUCUACAUGUAGUAUACAAGAUGACAUAAAAGAAAAACAGAGUGGUUCAGAUGCUGAGGCAGAUACAGAAAAGUCUAAUGCAGAGGAAACAGUUGCAAUAGAAAAAAGGAGAAGAAAAGUAUUAAGGAAACGAAAGAAACCUCAAAAACGUUCAUUAGUUACAGUAGAUAAAACAUUAGAAAACAUUGUCAAUGAAGAAAAUAAUGUAAAAACUAAAGAUUUAAUGUUGGAUAUAAAAUAUAGGCCGGAGGACGUUUUGAACAGUACUUUGGAUGCUGGUGGAUUAGUUUCAAUGGACGAUCCGAAAGGAGUCGAUGCAUUAGAUCGCGUGAAACAGCAAGCAAUGGCUUUAGAUCCAAGUGAUCAACAAGUUCCAACGGCGCUUUUAAGAAGAGCUAAUAAAAAUAAAUAUAUGUCGUUAGUAGGUCAUAAUGUAGAUCGAGCUCCUGAUUCUGCAGACACUUCACACGAUGAAGAUGAUAGUGAUGUAGCCGGUGUUCUCGCAGCAGCUGAUGGACCUGGUGCUGUUAUAUCGGAACUCGCUGGUUUAGUACAUGCGACUGGACCAACAUUUUUACCUUCAGGUUUAGAUGAAAUGCUUUCGGAUGAAGAAGGAUCCUACAGUAGUAGAAUAUCUAACAAAAGUGAAAAAAAUAUGGCAGAUUUUGAUGGAGAGGAGAGUGGUUGCGAAGAAGAAUUAGCUCAAUUAGCUGCACGUCAUUUAACAGCUAUACAAAUGCAAGCUUACCAUCCUCAUCACACUCAUCCAACAAUGACAAUUAGACGAUCUGUUUGCCGUCCUCCACAAGUAAGAAGUAUUCGGCAAACAGUAACACGAGUUAGUUCGCAAUUCAAUUUGGAUACUGUAUGUAAGUCUGGAAAUACACUGUUAUGGGAUCUUUUGCAAGAUGAUAAAAUUGGUCUAUUGGGAGAAGGUUUAGCUCUAGAAGCUGAAAAAGCUUUGUGCAAUCUCCUUUGCUUCAAUGUUGAUCGAUUGAUACCUAUGAAAUUCAUAGAAGGUUGCUUAGAAAAUCUUGCGAACAAUCGUUCCGUGGUUGUAUCUUUAAGGUUAUUACCUAAAUUACUUGCCAGUUUUCCACACUUUGGUGCAGUGGAUGCACAUACGAUAACAACAUGGGCUGAUCGUGAGCGUGGAAUGAUGAAACACUUCUUUAAUAACCUAAAAACGUAUACUAGUACAGGGCCAAAAAAUAGCUUGUAUUCUCAUCAAACAGAAAUACAAGUUAGAUUACAGUUUUUAUCUUCUAUUUUUUCACCUUUAGGUUCACCUGAAUGUUUUCGUCUAAGUCUUGAACAGGUGGACAUAUUGUGGCAGUGUUUGUCACAAGAUACAACAUGUGCUGAUGAACUUUUUAGUUGGUUGCUUAGUCAAGCAAAAUCAACAGAGCAACAUGCUCUUGGAAUGGAUACACUAAAACACUUAUGUAUGCGUAAAUUGCCAAGUUUACCACCUGAAACUAUCAGCAUGACAGGCCUUAGUCUUUUCCAACAAUUGUGCAACUUAGCCCGUUUAGCUGCCGCACACUUGGAUAGACCUUUAAGAGAUGUAGAUUCAGUUGGUAUGGAUUUUUUGUGGAGAAUUGCGUUAAAAGCUAAAAGUACGGAUGUCAGUAUGGCAGCUAUACAAUACCUAAAUGGAUAUUACAUGUCUAGACAAUUAACUCAAGAAGCAGAGUUUGUUUCACAGUGUAUGACUCACCUUGCUGCAGCUAGUGCUGAUUUGGAAACGAACGAAGAAGCUAGUUUACGUUGUAUACAAAGAGCUUUGUUACUCUUACGAACACAUUUGGAAGCUUUCCGAAAACGGUAUGCGUAUCAUUUACGUCGCUGGAUAUUGGAAGGUAGAGGUGCUGGUAGUCAUGUAGCUAUGAAUACUUCGGAAAAAGGCCAACAAUUAAGAAUAUUCGUACAACCUGCUGGAAUCCCUGAAAAAACAAGUUUCAUUCUUCUUAGUACUGAUUAUGUAGCUGAUUUGAGAGCAGAAGUUGCUAAAUGGUGGGAUGAUACUCAGAAUAAUCAAGAAAAAUCAUCAUCUACUACAAAUUCAAGUCAAAAUAAUGGUUCAGUGUUAGGAUCUCUUCUGACUGAUGGGCCAAUUAGAAUGAUCACGCAAGGUCAAGAAUUAACUAGUGAUUUUGACGAAAAAACAUUACAAGAAAUGGGAUUCAAAGAUGGUCAAUUAGUAUUCAUUUCACCUGGCGCUGGUCGAAAUAAUGCUACAGGUAGAUGUAACAAACGAGAUGUAGACUCACCAUCUCUUUUGCCACCACCUCCUCGAGAGUCUUUACCGACAUUACUGUUAUUACGACCACAAUAUUUUGAACAACUGUUUACGCUAAUGAGAACUUUAAGUGCUAUGAAAACAGUUGUCAAAGGAGGACAGGAAAUUCCUCAUACAAAGGCCCAAGUACUGUCAAGAAGAGUUUGGGAUACAUUAACUUUACUACCAACUAGUCCAACUUUAUUGAGAGGGUUUCAAAAAUUGGGAGAAACAACUCUGCCAGAAUUGUUAGAUCCUGCUAGCCCUCAGAAAUUGAUGUAUUCUUUAUAUAUAGUGGAAUCUUUAAGCAGACGUAGUACAACGAGUCAGCCUUCUGUUGUGAAUUCUACAUCCACGGCAACUGGUAACGAAGGCGAAGGCGAUGUGCAUGAUAAUCAUGAAGACAAAGAGAAAGAUGUUACUUGGUCCACAUUGUUCGUUCAGCAUGGAGGUUUGCGUCAUUUGUUUGAUAUUUUUAUGUCUGGAUGUUUGGAACAAGGAGACGGUAGCGAGUGGCAGCAGGACUGUCUCGCUAGCUUGCUAAAACAACUGUGUUAUUUGGGUGUUGUUAAGGAAGAGAAGAAACGAAAUAAAGCAGAUAAAUUGCUUGUACCCAAACUUAGCGAAGCGAUGCUUUCCAUGAUGAAUGUCGAAGCUGUUAUGUCUCGAAUAACGAGCAUAUUAAAUGAAGCAUCUUUACCUAGAGACCCGAAUCAUUACAAAACAGGACUUUUUGGAAGAUCACAAGUCAUACACUAUACUAUGGCAUUGUUAGUUUGUUGGGUACAUAGUGAUGAAACAGUUAAACAAUAUCUCUUUUCAUCAUCGGAGCCUUUUGGGAAGACGUGGUUACGAAGAUUGAUAUUGGAAGAUCCUGAGCCAGCAGUAAGAAGAGAAGUUUGCACUGCACUAUACAGAUUAUGUCUUGGAACCACAGGAUCUGAAGAUGAAAAAUCUGGUGUACCUAGUUUGAUUGUACCAAUGUUAAAUACAUUAUUGGAACAUCUUGUGAUUGCAGAAGCAAUGCAACCUUCUCACCGAAAACCAGAUUUACCAUUGCACUUACAUCCAAUGCUUGAUGAUGGGAAAGAACCUUAUGGACCUGCUUGUAGGGAUUAUUUUUGGCUUGUUUGCGGAUUAGUUGAUUCCCUUCCAGAAGAAGCUAUCAAAGAAGGUUCAGACGAUUCUAAUUUAACAAUUGAUCUUGAGGCUCUAGCGAUAAGAGUUAUUGAUUCGGUUUUAAAUAGAGAUCAUCUUGAGACACGUCAUAAUACAGUGGAAGACGAUGGUCUAGUCGGAUUAUUAAAUCUCACUUGCAACAUAAUGACACAUAAUCCACCUUGCAAACAAGGAAAAAUCGGACAAAACUUAUUACACGAAGUAUUCGAUUUUCUAUUUGCAUUACCCAAUCCACGAUCGAAACAUGUUCCAAAAUGUAAAAGUCAAGUGUCCAGAUCAGCAGCUUUCGAUCUCUUAGUCGAACUUGUAAAAUCUGCUCCCGAUAAUUAUAGAAUUCUUCAUGAAAAAUUAUUAACUCAGCAUAAACCUGGCCCUCAUUCUCCAUAUCCAUGGGAUUAUUGGCCACACGAAGAUGGACGUUCUGAUUGCGGAUAUGUGGGUCUGACAAAUUUAGGUGCCACUUGUUACAUGGCUAGCUGUAUGCAACAUUUAUAUAUGAUGCCACAAGCACGUGUCUCCAUACUAGGCGCUGAUUGUAAUAGGGCAAAUAAGCACCAACUCACAUUGAGAGAAUUACAAAGAAUGUUUGCUUAUCUUUUAGAGUCUGAAAGAAAAGCGUAUAAUCCUCGAAGUUUCUGUCGGGUAUAUACUAUGAAUCACGAACCCCUCAAUACUGGGGAACAAAAAGAUAUGGCCGAAUUUUUUAUAGAUCUUGUAUCUAAAUUAGAAGAAAUGACAUCAGACUUGAAGAAUUUGGUAAAAACACUAUUCUGUGGUGUAAUAUCUAAUAACGUUGUUUCGUUAGAUUGCGAACAUGUAAGUAGAACACUUGAAGAAUUUUAUACCGUACGUUGUCAGGUAGCUGACAUGAGAAAUCUUUAUGAAAGUUUAGAUGAAGUUACAGUUAAAGAUACUUUAGAAGGAGAUAACAUGUACACAUGUUCACAGUGUGGUAAGAAAGCAAGAGCAGAAAAAAGAGCAUGUUUUAAAAAGUUGCCACACAUAUUAUGCUUCAAUACAAUGAGAUAUACAUUUAACAUGGGAACUAUGUUAAAAGAAAAAGUAAACACGCAUUUUAGUUUUCCAUUAAGAUUAGAUAUGUCUGGAUAUGUUGAAAAAAAGCUUAUGCCACAACAUUAUCAAGAAGAAAAGAAGGCAUCUGAAAAGAGAAAAUCUGAAAGUGAUUGUCAAUCAGGAUUAGAUGAUGAUGAUGAUGGUGAAAUGGAACAUUACCAGUAUGACUUAAUUGGUGUAACAGUUCAUACUGGUACAGCUGAUGGUGGACAUUAUUAUAGUUUCAUUAGAGAUCGCACAUCUCCAAAUAAAGAUAAAUGGUUUUUAUUCAAUGAUGCAGAAGUUAAGCCAUUCGAUCCAAAUCAAAUAGCGGCAGAAUGUUUUGGUGGAGAAAUGACAAGUAAAACUUACGAUUCCGUUACGGAUAAAUUUAUGGAUUUCAGUUUUGAAAAAACUAAUUCGGCAUAUAUGCUUUUUUAUGAAUGGUGCGCUGAUCCUGGCGAUCAAGCAAAAGAGGAAGAAGCUACUGUUUCCAGCCCAAAUGGGCGACAAUCUUUUUCAUUGAUUCACAAGAAUACUAAUAAACUACCACCUUUAGAACUAAAUAAAGAACUUGAAGAUUGGAUAUGGCAGGAUAAUAUGCACUUUUUACAAGAUAAAAAUAUAUUUGAACAUACGUACUUCACAUUUAUGUGGCAAAUAUGCGGCUACAUACCACAAACAUUACUCUCUGUACAACCUGAUAUAACAGAAAUGUCAGCAGACCUUUCAACUUCAUUUUUUAUGGAAACCUUCAUCCAUGCUAAGGAAAAACCAACUAUGGUACAAUGGGUAGAGUUAUUAACAAAACAGUUUAAUGGUUCAGCUGGUGCAUGUGCUAGAUUUCUUGAAAAAAUGGCUGGAGAUUCAUGGUGGCCAAUUCAGAUCCUAGUCAAAUGCCCUAAUCAAAUGGUGAGACAGAUGUUCCAAAGGCUAUGCAUUCAUGUGAUACAACGAUUACGCGCUACUCAAGCACCUUUAUAUCUUCUUUGCGGUGAAGAAAAUGACGUGAAUACUGUCGGUACGCGAUCAUGCGUGACAAGAUUUGUGAGAAUGCUUUUGUCUCUCAUGGAACAUGCGAAACAGCAUUUAAAACAUCUUACGGAAUAUUUUAGUUUUUUAUAUGAAUUUAGUAAAAUGGGCGAGGAAGAAACGUUGUUUCUAAUAAGGGUACAAAAAACACAUGAAUUUGUUGAUGCAGUCAGUGAAGAAGAAGAGGAAGAAGAAAUAGUUGCUAUGCCAACAGAAAAAUUGAGACCUGCUUCAUUAGAUAAAAUGAUCACAUUGAUAGCAACAUUGGUUGAACGUAGUAGAGGACCUGAUCACAGAGACGUUAUCAAUCUCAAUCAAACACGAAACUUAAUACAAUCUUUAUGUCGUUGGAAUGAUAGAUUAGCCAUACAUAUUGUAACAAUGAUAUUUCAAGCUAUAACAAAACAUACCGAUGUUUGCCAACCAUUUUUCAAACUUCUGACAUUGUUAACGGAGAGUUCAGGAUUAAGUGGAUUGCCGUGUAUGACUCAAUUAAUUCUGGGCAGAGUUUGGGAAGCAGCUAGAGUUGCUCCACAUGGAGCACUAGAAUGGUUAGCUUUAGCUGUAACAAGAAGUAAACUUGCACAUGCUUGGGUGUUACAAGGAUUAGAUACAUGGCUGCAACAUUUUUUAUUGGAACAUUCAAAUCAAAGAGUUCGGUCUGCAGCUGCUUUUCUUCUCGUAUCAUUGGUUCCAUCGACUCAUUUUAGACAGGGUUACCGCAGUGCGCAUAGAUUAGGUUUAGGAUGCAAUAAUUCUAGAGAACUGCAACUGUCCCCAGAAGCUACUUUAAUUUUGCAUAAAAUAUAUACAGCACUUUUAAGAUUAUUGCAGCCUGCAAGACAUUACAUUGAUAUACAAACUCAUGGUACAAUGAAACUCACUGCCUAUUUUGCAUUACUCACAUAUUGUGUUGUCUCUAAGACGGAAAAAUUAAUGUUUGGACAAUAUUUGAAUGACUUAUGGACACUUUUUCAUCCAAAACUUUCUGAGCCUAGCAUUCCAGUGCAUCAUAAUAAACAAGCUGUGUUGCUCUUUUGGUAUCAUGUUUGUUCUGAUUGUCCGGAAAAUGUCGCUCUUAUACUUCAUAAUCCUCACAUCACUAAGAAUAUUGCAUUUAACUAUAUACUUGCCGAUCAUGAAGAUCAGGAUGUGGUAUUAUUUAACCGAGUAAUGUUACCGGCUUACUAUGGUUUAUUACGACUUUGCUGUCAACAAUCACGCACUUUUACAAGACAACUAGCUGCACAUCAAAAUAUUCAGUGGGCAUUCAAAAAUAUAACACCCCAUCCUACACAAUAUUCAACUGCUGUGGAUGAAUUAUUUAAAUUAAUGCAAUUACUGGUUGCAAGACAUUCUGAUCAAACAGAACAAGAAGAAGCUGAAAUUGCGUCAUUCAGAAGAGGAACUUUGUCUUCGUACUUACAAGGACUGGAUGGACGUUCAUGUUGGGCUACACUUAUUUCUGCUUUUCGCAUCCUGAUUGAAUCAGAUGAUGAUCGUCUCUAUGUUGUAUACAAUGGAGGAUUAAGUAUGGCUUUGGAAGCAUUUCAUAUGCUGCAUAUCAUGUAUCACGAAGCAACAGCAUGUCAUGUCGCUGGUGACUUAGCUGAACUAAUAGCCAUCAUUGUGGAACUUGUACGAUGUAUUAGAACCGCUAGAGAUGGUCCCGAUGCAAGGAAUAUAUUAGCAAAUUGCAAAGAAUGGCCAGAUAUUUUACGGAAAUUAGCAACAUUGCUGAAUACAUACAAUCCCCCAGAUAUGAGAAAUCUGGCUAUAGAUCUUUUGAAUCAAGAGUCUCAUGCUGCCGUUCCACCUGGCCCGUAUCUUCCACGAAGAUCUACUCCUCCAGGAAAAAUGCCAACCCGACCAGCUAGACCGAUGGUUCAAAUGGCAGUACCACAUUCUCAACUGGAGGCAUCAAAAGGAGUAGAUCCUGAAUAUGAUAAUGCUUUACUUGAAUUUUAUUUGCCAUAUCACGAACUGAUUGAUGUAAUGUGCAGAUUAGCAAUUAAUAACGAUUGUAUGACAGACACGUUAGUUAAUCUGAGUGCUAUGUUAGGAUUUGAAGGUGUUCCACUACACUUAGCCUUGUUUCCUAGGUUAUGGUUAGAUGUUCAUGCUGCUACACAUAUAGAUAGAAAACAUAUUGCAUCUCUUCUUUGUUCUUCCUAUACAGUGGAUUACGUAGAUGCUGUGUUGUUGGAUGAAAGAUCAUCAUUAGGAAUACCAGCAAUUCAUGCUUUUCUUAAAACUUUCUUUCCAAAACUUGCUAAUCACGUAUUGACUGAGCAAACUUGUUUACUUAUUGAUAAUUUAGUGAGUUCAAUGGUGGCAAUGGUGGAAGCAGUAGAUAUUCAAGUAUCUGCACAUAGAUUAACAGGGGAUUUAAGAGCAUUGGCCCUUGUUUAUAGCAGCAGUACAAGACUGAAACCACCAAGUAGCUUGUUACCAGCUUUGGAAACACUAUUGUCUCGAACUAAGGCCAUUAAAGUGAAAGAAUCUAACCAACAGGAAACAGAAGCUCCUACAAAAAAACGUAAGUUUGCAGUUAAUGAAGAAAGCGAGACCACAGAGAAAGAAGCUCAUCUACAGAUCAAAGAACAUAAUGAACAGAAAAAUGUUUCUAAUAUAAACAUCGAAAAGAAAGACAAAGCAGAAGUAAAUGAUAUGACUUCUUCUGAUUCUGGAGAUGAUAAAACCAUAUCAAGAAAUAAUAUUCAAGCAGAAAAUAUACCCACGAGUAUCAGUACGAUAUCUCCUGGUUUAAUUGAUACUGUGACAACUAACAAUUGUACGAACCAAUUACGAUGUUCGUUGACUAACGUUUCUUGGUUUGAAAUGUUGGAAAAGACGAUUGUCGAUCUACAAACUAUUGUGCAAUUGCAAACAAAAAGUAACUAA